AUGGUACGAGUAUCUGAAACGCAGAUCGACGGCCAGACGAUUGGCCAGCAAGAUGGGAUGAGACGGUUGGGACGAAAUGAACAGAGACCGGGGGUCCGGACGACACGGGCUACCAUGCCGGAGGCCGCCUGCAAGAGGCCUGAACACGGAAAAGGGCCGUUGGCUCGCCCUGAAGUCGUGCAGCAGAGGGACGAGAGGCCAUUCGCCACCGACUGUCCGGUGGAGCCGGCUAAUGCCGUUGGGAUCACCCAGGAGGACGGCGGUAAGAUACAGGAUACUCUGUGUGAUCUCUACGACUGGCCAGAAAUGGCAGAGAGCCUUGCGCCAGUCCCAGAAUAG